CGGGCGGUCUAGCGGGCGUGAGUCCUCUGUCCGGUGUAUUUACAAGGCAGCGUUGACCCAGUGAUUUAGCAUGCUUUACGCUCCGUCUCUCGGACGUCCGGUGGCCAUGAGUUCCUGGGUCAAGGGCAAGAGCUGUCUGGCAGCAGACUUGUUGCAGCACCAAGUGGCCAUCGUCACCGGCGGGGGCACGGGGAUCGGAAAGGCCAUCGCAGCCGAGCUCCUGCAGCUAGGGUGUAAUGUGGUCAUUGCGUCCCGUAAAUUUGAUAGAUUAAAAUCUGCUGCAGGUGAACUGAAGGCCAGUCUGCCUCCUACCAGUCAGGCUCAAGUCACUCCCAUAAAAUGCAACAUCCGUAAUGAAGAGGAGGUGAAUAAUUUGGUCAAAGCCACCUUAGAUACUUAUGGUAAGAUUAAUUUCUUGGUAAACAAUGGAGGAGGCCAGUUCUUCGCUCCUACUGCAAGCAUCAGUUCGAAGGGCUGGAAUGCUGUCAUUGAAACCAACCUGACGGGCACCUUCUACAUGUGCAAAGCAGUUUACAACUCCUGGAUGAAAGACCACGGAGGAUCUAUUGUCAAUAUCAUUGUCCUUACUAAAACUGGAUUUCCAAGAGCUACGCAUAGUGGAGCUGCCAGAGCAGGUGUUUACAACCUCACCAAAUCCUUAGCUGUGGAAUGGGCCAACAGUGGAAUAAGGAUCAAUUGUGUUGCCCCUGGAUUCAUUUAUUCCAAGACAGCUUUUGACAACUAUAGUCAUUUGACAAAAGACGUAGUUGAAGGGAUCAUUCAGGAAAUCCCAGCUAAAAGACUUGGAGUUCCAGAGGAGAUCUCUUCCUUGGUAUGCUUCCUGCUAUCUCCUGCAGCUUCCUUUAUCACCGGACAGUUGGUUGGUGUGGAUGGGGGCCAGUCUCUGUACAGGCACGGAUUUGAGGUACCGGAUCAUGACAACUGGCCUGAGGGAGUAGGGGACCUUUCUGUUGUCAAAUCGAUGAAAGAGGCUUCUAAGCUUAGAACCAAGCUCUAAGCUAAGGAAACAUGGACGUGUCCUUUAUCCCCAAAUGCCUUAACAUCUCUGCAAUGAAUUUCUGUACUUUACAGGAACUUAUAAUCUGUAUGGAAAACUCAUAUCCUGGUUUUUUAAUUUUACCAAUUACAUCUAUGCAAAAGCUGUUCCUGAAAUAAAUGCAUUUUAAAGUCCAGACCAAUGCCCUUUAGCUUGUAAUCAAAAAAAUUUUUUAAGAAUAGAGAUUAGCAUACUUUAUGAUUAUACUUUUUAUUUCUAAGAAAGGUAUUUGAAAAGUGAAAUAAUUUCAAAUUAAUGAUAGAAGUAUCAUGCUCUCCUAAAAGGUUUUAAUAUUUAAUUGUAAAGGUGGGCAGUUAAAUCUAAAUUGUGGCAUCGUUACGAUUUUUACAACAGAAGUGUACAAUGACUUUUUUUUUUUAAGCUCUUCAUUGGGAUAUGAUUGCUUUACACUCUUGUGCCAGUUUUUGAGGUACACCAAAGUGAAUCAGCUACAUUUAUAUGUAUAUCCCCAUAUCCCCUCCCUCCCGCGACUCCCUCCCACCCUCCCUGUCCUGGCCCUCUAAGGCAUCACCCAUCAUCGAGUUGAUCUCCUUAUUUUUGGUGGCAAAUACUUUUGGAUCAAUAAAGCUUUAUGUAAUUAUUGAUGUGUCAUUUGUUCAUGAAGUCAAAUUUGUGUAAACCUUCUUAAUUAAAAA